AGGAGAGUGCUUUUGGCUGCCAGCUGCAUGGUAGUGGGGACGGUACCUGGGGCUGCAGGAGGGUGGUCUGAGAGCAAGCCGUUGGAGAUAUUUUUAGAGGGAGAAAGGGCAGGCCAGGAAGGGGGGCAGGGGUUUUUGUUUGGUUACUUUGGGGAGAGAGAGGGCAGCUGCACUAGAGGAAAAAAAGGUGAGAAAAAGAGAGGAGUGGAAAAACACUGGAGAGAAAACAGAGAGGGGAGAUCGGGUAUAGGUGAGGAGUGAUAGCAGAGAGCUUUGGGAUAGGGAAGAUUCCUGGAGCUUAGGGGAAGGAUGACCAGAGAGGGAGAGGAGUUUCAGGGGAGCUUAGAGAGAGAUAUUUGGAGGGGGUUCUUUGGAGCUGCAGGAGCUUCAAGAAGGAUUCUGAGCUGAGGAUUCACCCAAGACGGAUCAACAAGUCACAACUCAAAACACCCAGCUGAGGAAGAGACUUUUAGAGUACAUUGAGAUUAUACUUCGUCAGUUGAGGUUCACCAUGUCGGACGAGAUCGCACCCAUUACUCUUACUACUCUUUAUGAGAUGAUGGUGGAUUUGACGCGGAGGGUUGAGAGGAUUGAGCUCAUUUUGUCAGGGCAUCCAUCGUCAUCGAGAGGAGCUCCAGGAGUAGCGAUGCCUUCAUUGCCACACUUGACUUCAUCGACACCUGCUACUUUGGGUGCCUCACAUCCACGACCUCGCCCACAUUCAAUGUUCCAGCAGCAUUCCUCAUCCAUUUCACUGGCUACGCCGACACGACCUCCAUCCCGGCUUCGGGGCCCUUCGGUCGUUACAGUUCCUCAGGAUCGAUUUCCUCCCCAUCGACGAUGUCGGAGACACUUUUCAGAUUUGAGUGCACCCCUGAGCGGGGUUUUUGAGACGUUGCAGGCCCUGGGAUUUUUGGCUUCUCUGGCUCCUAGGGCGCUUCCAGAUCCUGUGCCUCCACAGUUUCGUCUUGAUUUAUAUUGUGCGUACCACCAGUCAGUAGGACAUCACACUGAUCGUUGCACUGCUCUACGACAUGCCAUACAGGACAUUGUUGAUUCUGGGACGUUUGGGCAUCCUCAGUCUGAUAUGUCUCUUAUUUCUACCCCAGCUCAGGCCAUGCAUGCAGACGCCCCUUCACCAGCAGUCCCUGAUCUUAUUGAUUUGGGCGAUUGACUCAUGAUUGGCUUACCUUGGUGUGGUGGCACUCAGAUUUUGUUCAUUCUGUGGCCAGAGACGUGAUGACAGGACCAGUCGCUAUUUUUGUUUUUGUUUGUUUAGUCUUGUUUUGCUUUUGACUUUUAGAGACUAUAACUCGAUUCUUGAGUAUUGUCUUUGUUGUCCUUCUUUUACAUGAUGUACUCAUCGAAUUAUCCCAUUGGAUGCAUUUUCCUUUAUGGACAUGUGUUUGUGUUUUGUGAUA